AUACUAUAUACUUGAAGCUUCCACGUAUACUAUAAUAAGAAGCGGCAAGAUUGAAACAGAGACUUAAAAAAAUUAAUGUUUAAAUAUGCCAUAUUCUGAGAGUUAUAUUAAAAAUAAAUUAAUCGAAGGAUUGAACGCUUCACACGUGGAAGUGAUAGAUCAGUCUGAUGGUUGUGGUGCCAAAUUUUCUGUAGUAGUUGUUUCUGAUGCAUUUGAAGGCAAACCAUUACUUCAACGUCACAGGUUGGUAAAUGCAUUGUUAGAAGAGGAACUUAAAACAAUUCAUGCAUUUUCUCAAAAAACAUUAACUCCAGAACAGUGGGAGAAACAGAAAAGUUAAUUCCUUGUGGUUUAUAUGUAUUAAAACAUUUUUUUCUUAACAACUAAUUAUACU